AUGGCCGCUGCGCAUCUGCACCCUCACGUUACAACAAGCUUUGGAGGUCAGGAGUGGAGAGAGCAAUCCAAGGAAAAGUUUGAUGCACUCUAUUCAAAAUGUUGGCACCGCCUGCACAGCAACCCCCCAACCAUUGUGGCACCAACAGUCACUGAUGCGACUCCUUGCUCUUGCACCGGGUUGGCGGCUCCUUGGAUACUUACUCCUCCAGGUACUUCACCAAUGCCCACAGCUGCACCAGCUUCCCGUCACUCUUCUGGCUGCUGUCCUUGGGCGGAGGGGACAUAUGACAGUCCUGAAGAAGACCAGUACUUUGAAGCCUGGACGAUCAGUGGCAUAGGGUGA